GCGGGGUCGGCGGCCGGGGCGGGGCACGGCGCUCGGGCUCGGGGCACUCGGAGCUGCGGGAGUCGCGCGGGAGGAGCAGGAUGGCGGCGGCGGCUGCGGGCGAGGCGCGCCGGGUGCUGGUGUACGGUGGCAGGGGCGCGCUGGGCUCGCGAUGCGUGCAGGCGUUCCGAGCCUGCAACUGGUGGGUUGCCAGCAUCGAUGUGGUGGAAAAUGAAGAGGCCAGCGCUAGUGUCGUUGUUAAAAUGACAGACUCAUUUACGGAGCAGGCUGACCAGGUGACUGCUGAGGUUGGAAAGCUCUUGGGCAAUGAGAAGGUGGAUGCAAUUCUUUGCGUGGCUGGAGGAUGGGCCGGAGGCAAUGCCAAAUCCAAGUCUCUCUUUAAAAACUGUGACCUGAUGUGGAAGCAGAGCGUGUGGACGUCGACCAUCUCCAGCCACCUGGCUACCAAGCACCUCAAGGAAGGAGGCCUCCUGACCUUGGCUGGUGCAAAGGCUGCCCUGGAUGGGACUCCUGGGAUGAUCGGAUAUGGCAUGGCCAAGGGCGCCGUCCACCAGCUCUGCCAGAGCCUCGCCGGGAAGAACAGCGGCCUGCCGCCAGGGUCUGCCGCAGUCGCGGUGCUCCCGGUCACCUUGGACACGCCGAUGAACAGGAAAGCAAUGCCAGAGGGGGACUUCAGCUCCUGGACACCCUUAGAAUUCCUAGUCGAAACCUUCUAUGACUGGAUCACAGGGAAAAACCGUCCAAGCUCAGGAAGCCUAAUCCAGGUGGUAACCACGGAAGGAAAGACGGAGCUUACCCCAGCAUAUUUUUAAGACUCAUCUCAGUGCCUGCGAGGGGCCUGCUAGAAAAGUCACUAACCUAUCUCAGCGUGGCCUCAUCUGGCCCUGCGUUUUAUGUAAUUCUGUUCGUGGUACGAGAUAGAGAGUCCUAUUUUUCUCUCACCUAAUGCGCAUUUGCUCUCCUAGGGCAGGGUAAUAUGUUUAUGUGAAAUAAAAACAUGUGAACGGAGGCCUACAGAGAGCAUCGCCAAUCUGUGUUAACUACGGAAGGAGGUCUCUGAGCAGCCCUAGCUAUAGUGGUGUCAUGUCGGAUUGCUUUUGAGACUAUCUGUCCUGGACAGUGGCUGUCAUCUCCACGGGUUCAGUGAUUGUUUGGUACUGGGGAUGUUUCGAGGGCCGAGUUACGCUUAUGUCAUAGAUGUAGUUUUUGCAGCCUUGAAUUGAAUUGUCUUAAAACUCCUUUUGUGGCAUAAGCAAGAUCCCAUGGACUCUGUCCUGAUAUCCUUUUCCUGUGCAGUUGCCAAGUGUCCCCUGGCCUACAGUUAAAUGUGCAAGAGAACUACUUGUGAGCAUUUGGAGUGUUGUUUUCCUAAUAAAUGCGUUUCAUUUAUUGUGUUGUCUUCUUUAA